AUGAGCGAGCGUCUCAAACGCGAAGUUAAAGAAAAUGCUCAUCUCCGCCGCGAGUUCCGCACAGUCCACGUCUCUAACGAUCCCACUGGGACAGCAGCACCAGAAGGUCUCGUCAAUGAGAUAGAACCACGCCCCGACGCAUCUACCCUUCACCUCCAGCGCGGGUCCGACUGCACAUUCCUUGACAAGCAAGAUCGCAGCGGGGUGACUUUAGGACGGCGUUGUGCUGUUCAUAUCACGUUUUACCUUGAAAACUUGUUUCCGUUCCUCUUCCCGUUCUAUUGUCCUUCUCCCCUCGAAGGCGGUCGAUCGUGGAUUUUAGAAAUGAUUAUAAGUAGUCCAGUAGUAAAACAGGCCCUUCUAUGCCAAUGCUCGUACUUCUUCUCCCUCGCUCAGGAAAACGCUAAUCACCAUGCUAUCUGGGAGACGGUGCUCGCGCAGACCGAGGGUGCGUUCGGAAUUCUCAGGCAGUCACUACAGGUUAUCGGCGGCUCAAGUAUCGCAGAGCAUCUACAUGGUGCUGCGCGGAUCAUGGCGAGCAUCGUGCAGAUGCAGCGUUUCGAGAUUGCUAUAUUAUGCUUCGAUAACUACCAAGCGCAUCUCAACGCCGGUUUGGCUCUUUUUAAACAACUUCUCGAGAGCGUCGAUGCAGUAGAAUCGGAGGGGUUUGGUUCACGCUUCAAUGCCGUCGUAAAUCACCUAGGACCGCCGACAUGGAUCUCAGCCGCCCAGGAUGUCAAAGUUCAAAGUGCCGAGCAGGCCGCCUUUCGUUUCUCAUCCGCUCUGCUAAUAUUUGAUGAUAUUAUUGCCAGCACGGUGCUUCAAGACCAACCCAGGCUUUACGAGCACCACCGUUGCCUUCUUGGUGAUAUCAACGGAACCGGCCCUGUGAUCAAUCUUGAGACCGUUGUAGGAUGUCAAAAUUGGGUGUUACUACAGAUUGGCGAAAUUUCCGCCCUCAAUUCAUGGAAGAAGCAGUGCAAAAUAGCAGGAAAUCUCGAUGUCAUAGAACUAGUCCGUCGCGCAACAGCGAUAAAGGGCUGCUUAGAAGCACAUAUUAUACGGCUUGAAUCCGAAUCGCCGGCUUUACCACAGAGCGGUACCAGUUUAUUAGAUUCCUUCAACAUAAAUACCUUCCAGCAAUCAAAGCUACCCGCCGGUCAGAGUCGCUUAACCACUCGCGUCUGGGCUCAUGCAACCUUACUGUAUUUCAUUAUCGUCGUGUCUGGAUGGCAGCCCGGCAGCAUCGAGGUACGUUAUCACGUCGGCCGAGUCCUUGAUCUCUUGACGCAUCAAAUAUCACCAGCAGCAUUACUACGUACGAUGGCAUGGCCAUUUUGUGUAGCUGGAUGUCUCGCACAGCCGGAACAGGAAGCCCACUUCCGUACAAUGGCGGCUGCAUUACAACCGCCUAGCGUCUUCGGCACGAUACGCAAAGCACUUGAAAUCAUGGAGGACGUAUGGAAAAACAGAAAUGCAAGUGACGUCACAGGCCUGGACCUCGCCACGUGCUUUAGAAGUCAAGGAGACCUAGUAUUACUUGUCUGA